UCCGACACGAACUACGACUACUUACCAGUGGCGAUUUAAGUCUGGUCCCCUGUCAUCAAUUAAUGCUAAUUCAAUUGCAAUGGAUGAGGGAGCCCGACCAGUCCACUAGUGAAGUACGCGAAGCAUUCGCCGGUAUCGCGCUUAUCUGAAUGACGUCAUCAAAACUCAAGUGAUCUUGCUGCAACAUGCCUCUUCGCUUUCUACUAAGAUAUCUCGCAAACAAUGAACAGCUUAUUGAGAAGCUGGCAGAAUCACGGGUCAUGAGACGGAUAGCCCAGAUUACAGCAUACAGCAUGAACAAAGCCCAGGCAAUGAGUCAUGAAGCCAUUGAGAAGGCAUCCGAGUCGGAGACUCUGAAGAAGAUGGCCGAAGAGAGCAGACAGCAGAGUCAGAAGGGAACCAGGAUGGCCUCGUCUUUCACUAGGAACUUUGCCAGAGAACUCAGAGACGGAAUGAAGGACAUUGAGAAAGAGAUCAAGAAGAAACAGUUCAAGGAUUGAGAUGCAUUGCCAUGGAUUUCAUGGACUAUUUGUGAUACCAGGAAAGUGCUUUUGAGCUGUGAACAAGGCAGUGGCGUAACUAAAGGAAGGGGACCAUUGCCUCCCCCUCCCCCCAGGCGUGUGCUCCAUUGAUGAGGCCCUUCCUUGAGAAAUUGAGGCCCCUUUUGUAAUCCCUGCAAAUUAUACCCCAGUAAUGCCGCUUGAAGAAGAGUCAAAUUUAAUGGAGCUACAAAGGCAAAAACUUGCAAGAGACAGAAAAAUUUACUUAAAAUGGCAAACAUACUGAAUGUGUGGCAUAUAUUGCUACUGGCCUGGUUCCGAGGGUUCCCCCCCCCCCCAAGUUUUCUGCUUUAAUGUACAUGUAGCUCUAUAGUAUUUGCCCCAGAACUUCAUUUGUAGUUCUACAUGAGCCAUUUCCACCAAGACAAUUGCUUUAAAUUUUGUGAGAAUUCACAAAGUAACAUUAAAACUUCUUAUCCGAUUUCCCCAAUAGAACAUCACCUAUGUCUUAAUAUUUUCUUCAAAUUCUCCCUAAAGGUAUUAAAAAUCCCUCGUUAAAACACAUGGUCACAAACUUCAAGUUUAGGAUUUAAAUCGGCAUAUAUGUUUUUUAAUGAGGUUACAAUUUGUAUAUUGCUCUAUUUUUUUCUGUGGUAAAGGGGUUUGUGGACAUGCAUUCAGGGCAUGUUGAAACUUUGCUUUACCUACGGAUAAGAGGUGCAUUAUGAGAUUGUAGGGUUUCAUUGACUUGUAUAUAGAACUAUUUAAAUUCCCGUAAUUUUAUGGAUUUGUAAAGUUUUGAUUGUGAUUACCAUGUACAGAAUAAACAACAUGAAUGUAGCCCACUUGC